GCGCGCUUUAGGAAAAUGUGGUUCAAGCUCGUAACCUGGCUAACGUUGCUCCAGCUGCUAGUUGGCGCGCCUAGCCGGCAGAACAAAAUCUUUGGUGGACAAACGGAGGCGAUUCGGAAUUAUCCAUUUAUGGUGAAUUUGCGACGAGGUCCGCAUUUUAGAUGUGGCGGCGCUCUCAUUGCGCCCAGUUGUGUGGUCACAGCCGCUCAUUGUCUGGAGGGUCAUCCGCAUUAUGUCGAGGACUUGUAUGUGCAUGCCCAGCAAGACUGCCUAAAUGAUUCAAGUCCAGCAGCGCAUGUACGUCAAGCCUGGUUCGCUUGUGUAGCUCCACAAUACAAUGGAUAUAUAUUGGAUGCAGAUCUGGCAAUCAUCAAGCUGCGUCAGCCGUUUGACACAACGGGCAAUGUAAGCACCGUGCCCAUUGACUUCAACGAUCUGCCGGAGGGUGCAGAUCUAAGGAUUCUUGGCUGGGGCAUGACCGGUAGUGGGAGUCAGAACUGGGGGCAAUGCCUGCAAACAGCCAAUGUCAGCCUGGUGCGGCGAGAUCACUGCCAGCGACAGAUGAGCUCUUAUGGUCCAAUAACGAAUAAUAUGUUUUGUGCUCUGGGUCCGAAUGCCACCGAUGCCUGCCAAGGCGAUUCCGGAAGUCCCAUUCUGUAUGCUGGUCGCCCUGUCGGUGUAGUAUCCUGGGGUAAUCACUGCGGCAGCGGGCUACCUGGCGUCUACACACGCUUUGGCAGCUCAACAUUGUCGUGGUUCCUUAAAAGGUUCAUGGAUACACACUGCUAGUAUAAGAUCUGAACUAUACAAAUAAUUUACAUUAAAAACUAAUAUU